AUGCUUUGCGAAGUUUGCAAAUCGAUUGAUUUUGGAAGACUAUGUUACCACCUAUUUUACCCAGCUAACAAUGCUGAGCGAGUAGAAGGGAUGAGUCAUAAUCAGCAUCACGCCAACUAUGAAAGCCUCGUAAAUCCAGCUCGGAAGGGUUGUAAUUUAUAUAUCGAGAUUCAAAAGGACUGUCCCGCUACCACGUGGAACAUCAUUGGUGGAUGUCCUGUUCCAAAUACUUCCGAUUCAAUGGAAUCCUAUGAGAGGGCUCGAUCGUGGCUUCAAGAGUGUCUUCUCAACCAUCAGGUUUCUUGUCCGAAUGAUCAAAAUGCUCUGUUGCCUUCUCGUGUUAUUGAUACUGGAUAUAAGAACGGAUCUGAGAAACUGCAUCUCCAUGUUAGUAAGAAGGGAGACACGGGUAGCUGGGUUGCAUUGAGCCAUUUUUGGGGUAAUACUUACAAUCAUGUGAUCAAUGUCGAUAACUUAGGCAGCAAAAUGCGCUCUAUCUCACUGCGAGAACUUCCACGCGCGCUGAAAGAUGCCGUAAAAGUCACGAGGUAUUUGAGGUUCAGAUACCUUCAGGUUGAUUCCAUCUGUAUUCUCCAAGGUUCCGAUGUCGCCGCCCGGGCAGAUUGGUUGUUUGAGUCUGGACGCAUGCGAGAUUAUUAUAAAAAUUGUGUACUUUGUAUUGCUGUCGACGACGCAUCGUCUGACCGGGAUGGUUUCUUGGGUACUGCUUCUAGGCAAAACUCAAAGGUUGCUGUUUCCAUGUCCCUAGAUCAUUGGGGAUUAGAUAAGUAUUGUACAAUUUACCUUGAAGUGGAAAAUAGUACCAGAUUCGAAUCACCGGCUCGCCAACGUUCUGCUCUUGCUACUAGAGGAUGGAAACUUCAAAAACACCUUCUUUCUCCACGCGCUUUGUACUGCACUUCUGAGCAGCUUGUUGGAAUUUCGAAUGUUAAUCCGGAAAUUUUCUUGUCAAGCGACGAAAGGAUUUGGCUCGAUAUGGACCCCAAGAGAUUCUUCUUGACUCCGAGCUAUGGACGAAGCUACAUAGCUGAGAAGCUUGGCCCCCUCCGGUGGUAUAGCUUAGUAGACGAAUACGCAGGUCGUUCCCUCACUUUCGAAACUGACCGACUCAUCGCGUUGGCUGCUCUAACACAAGAGAUGGGAAUACAGUUUGGACUGACCCAUUGGAUGGGAAUAUGGGCCGGAGACGUCCAUGAUGGUCUUCUCUGGCGCACACAUGGGGCAGUAAGUAUCCCAAAAGCAUUUGUUGCACCCUCAUGGAGCUGGGCCAGCGUCGGCCUCGAAGAUCGGAAUUCCAGUCAGUACGAGCUAUUCCCCCUCGCUUAUUCGCAACUUCUUCUGAACUACAAUCGGUCAUCCGAAAUUAUAUCCCUCGAGAUUCCAUCAUACAAGAGUCACUCAGAUAAUUUACAGUCCAAGAAAGUUAGAUCCAGAUUCAAAGACCGAUUUGUAUCAAAGAUCAUAAAAGUAAAUGAAGCGCAAACACAGACAGUAACAGGAACAUCACCGGAGCACGUAUCCUUAGCCACAGACGACCCAAGCUCUAGUUUUGCUCCCCCCGAGAGAAAGAAAGUAGUUCAAAAGCCCCUCAUACAACCCACUUCUAAUUCUCUUGUCAUAGUACAAGUUGGUAGUGUCCUGGGGCCGGAAUUGACUUUCCGAAAUGAUGGAAAUAUCCGAACUAAUGGUGUAAUAUGCCUUAUUCUUGAGCCAGGGGCUGAAAGGGAAACGUUCAAGAGGGUAGGAUUGGCUCAAUUUCCAGAUUCCUCGGAAUUCGAUUCAUAUCCCUGGGAAAUGCGUACUCUUGUAUUGGUUUGA